AUGAAUCUCCACACCAAUCUCGGCUUCUUCUCUGUGCUCCUCCUGCUGUUCAUUCUCUUUUCCUCUUCCUCCCUUGCAUUAGCUAAAGCUGAAGAUGUAGAAUUUACCUACGAAGAAGGAAGUAGCAAAGGGCCACAGAAUUGGUGGCUUCUGAACCCAAAAUGGAAAGUAUGUGGGGAAGGAAAACAACAAUCUCCCAUUGAUCUCUCAUACAAAGUAAUGCAUGAGUUUACUCAAUUGGGUAAACUUGCAAAAAAUUACAAACCAGCUCCUGCUGUCCUAAAGAAUACGGGUCAUGCCAUCAUGAUGAAAUGGAAUGGGAAUGCAGGCCAGAUUAACAUAAAUGGAACUUACUACAAACUGAUUCAGUGUCAUUGGCACACACCUUCAGAACACACGUUGAAUGGAAGAAAGUUUGAGUUGGAACUUCAUGUAGUCCAUCAAAACUCUAAAGGAGAGACUGCUGUCAUUGGAAUAUGGUAUAUAAUUGGCCGUCCAGAUCGCUUGCUUUCAAAGCUGCUCAGUAACUUAAAAUCACUUGGUGACAAGGACAUAGAUUUAGGAGUAAUAAACCCAGGAAUCAUCCAGUUUGGAAGCAGAAAGUACUACAGAUAUGUUGGUUCUCUUACAACUCCACCAUGCACUGAAGGUGUUGUUUGGACAAUAGUGAAUAAGGUGAGGACAGUCUCAAGGGCGCAGUUGAGAGCAUUAAAAGAAGCUGUUCAUCAUGGAUAUGAGGAAAAUGCAAGGCCAAGACAGAAAAAUGCUGGAAGACAAAUGAAGCCUGAAGGGUACCUGAUGAGAGCAGGGUCAAGCACCUUUAUUGUGUUCUGA